AUGUUAUAACAAAAAUUAUUUCAAUAACUUUCCGAAUAAAUUCAUUAAUAUGCUUACGGAGAUUCCAUCCACGUCAGAUAUGUUGUAUUAUAUACAUCUUAUGAUAACCUCAUAAUUAUUGCAGAAGACAAAUAUAAGUUGUCUGUGUAAAUAGAAACCUUGAAAUGGAAAAAUGAUCCCAUCAUCUCCAUGAAAUUCCAAACAUUCGCUUUGCACAUCCUCACAAUGGAAGGAGAAUACAUUGAAAUCGUCUUAUCCAAUCUUUUCCAGUAGAAUAAACAGUAGGAUAACCUCAUGAUCAAUAUCAAAAUAAAUGAUGUAUAUUUGCCAAAUAAUGUGAAAUUAAAGGAGGCUUAUCAAAUCAAGAGGUUUAGUGAUUUCGUCAUAAUGAACAAGAAUAAAUUAAAAAUCGCCUUCAUAUCCCAAUAGGGUCAAAUAGUCUUUUAUAGUCCAGAUCAAAAGGUGAUCACUCAAAUCAUCGCUCUAAGACAAAGUCUCAUAUCAUUUUAAACUAUUGAAAUGGAUCAAAAGGAAAUGGUUGUUGGAAUCACCGAGUUCAAUGACUUAAUCACCUUUAGUGAUAAUGACUAGGAACCAUAAAUACAUCGUUUUACGGAUCCCAAUUACUCCAUUAUUCACAUCUACUUUGUUGGCAAUGAGAAUAUUUUAAUAUUGUAGGAGAAUAAGACUGAAUAACGGUUUGUUAAGUAUCAAUUAAAACAACUUAAAUUUGUCAAAAAAUAUUACUAUCUCCCAAAAGAUGAUUGUAAUUAUAAAUUCGUAGAAAUACACGAAUUGCCUAAAAUAUUUAUAGCAUUAGUGUUUUCAACACAAUUCCAAAUAAUCUCUUUCUCUAAAACAGUACUCCAAGAUCGAUUAUUUAAAUGCAUCUAAUUCAAUUUUCAAAAUGUGAUGGAUGAAUUCAAUCACCCCAUUAAUUUUAACUAAAUUCUAUAUUGUCCCGAAACAACCACUCUGAAUAUUAAAGAGAUUCAGAAUUAAGCCAUUCAUUUCUCUAGGUACAAUCAACAAUUUGGCAUCAAAAUUACCAAAAAGAAAAUGGUGGAGGUCUUGCAAUCUGAUUCACAAAUCUUAAACAAAGAGGAUCAAGUAUCAAAAACCAAGUAAAACAACAUUUUAUAUUUAAUAAUAGAAAUUACGACUAGUUUUGUAGUCUAUUAAUAACCUCAACUUAAAUAUACACUAUUUAAAUAUCUCAAGAUUGUAUACAAGAUCUUACUUUUCAAGUCCUUCAGCAGUUCGAAAACUAUCAAAGGACAUUUGGGUAAAUCCCAUAAAUGAAGUUGAGUUGGUAAGAAUAAGUAAUUUCCAAUUUGUGGCAUCACUUGAAUUGCGAACAAGGUUUAAAACUCUAUUUUGCUAAUAAGGAUCAGGUCUCAGAAAAUAUACACAGCUGGGUGAAUUCAUUAAAGUUUCAUAAGCAGAUGCUAUACCAAAUCUAUGAUGAAGACCAGGACCAAGAAAUUCUUAUCGAAACUUAGUAUGAUAAAUGUCUGACCACAAUUGCAUUACUAAAUUUCAAGAAUCUUUCAAAUGAAAUAUCAAUUUCUAAGAUAAUUGCAAUGGUGUUCAAUAAGGUUUUGUCUUAAUGCAGCAAAAUAGUCACAGACAACUCCAAUUCCUUUUUGCAAUUGAUCUAAUGCAUCAAAUAAAACAGCAAUCCAGUAUUAUGUUACAAUUACUGGAAGAACUCUUAACAAUUGUUAUUCAUCUUAAUCAAUAUCCUUGAAGUGUGGCUUACUAAUAUAAUGAUUAAGUAUGAUGUGAUAUUGCUUAAGGCCCAAGAAUUCUUUGAGCCUCUUUUCAUUAAUAAAAUUAGAAGUUUAAUAGUUUGCUCGAAAGUGCCAAUUAUGCUGAGAUUAAAAUUAAUCAUUUUCUUAUAAGAUCAAUCAUACAUUAAGCUAUUCACUUUAGGAGUUCAGACUAUCUCAGACAGACAGGAAUUGCUCUAAUUUAGUAAAGUCUGUAACAUAACUAACGAUGCUCCAUCAUUUAAUAUAUUUAGUAUUUCAUAUUUAAUAGAUGAAUGUGAUAUAAAAUAUAUUAAAAACUUAAUAUAAAUCUCAGGCAAUUUGGAAUAAAUGAAUAAUUACGAACCUACUAAGUGUAAAAAUCCAUCAUUUGGAUUGAUAAUUAUGAGCAUCCUAACUUAAUAAUCGAAUGAGUUUGAGAUUUGUAAGAUCAUCAACUGGUUUUUAUCUUGA